AUAUUACUCGCAUAUGAGUCGUUGCCUCGCAGUUUAUAUCCCUACUGUUUCGGACUUUCGGGUUUUGGCCGACACCCGACAAUCUUAACAUCAAACUCGUCGUCCACGCCUCCUCGGCAAGGUUGCGUACGGCGUGGCCCUAAGGUUCAUCUCGCCGCCUCCCUCAACCUCUUGAUUCCGCCUCCCUCAACCUCUUGAUUCCGCCUCCCUGAAGGCAUACCAGCGGGAUCAAGCUAUUUUGCUGGCCAACCGAACGGUCAAGCCGACGAUGACGCUCGGAUCGGCGGCACACAAGAUCCCGCUGGAGGUUGCGCACACCCUCGUCGAGAUCGCCGAGGUCGCGCGCUACGCCUACCACCACCGCCCCGGCCGCCCUGCAACCCACGAGGGGGACCCGACUGCGCCGCCCGCAGGGGCUGAUAGCAGCGGGGGCACCAACGAGGAUGCCGCGCGGCUGCUGGAGGAGAACGCCAUGCUCCGCGCCCGACUCGCAGAUGACCUCGCGCUCCUGCGUGAGCUCCACGGCGCGCCCUGCGUCUCCAAGGAGUGCCCUCCUGAUCUAUACAACCGAUUGAUGGCGGCGGUCAACAAUGUUAGCUUCCUUGCUCAUCUCGAGAAAUUACAGGAUGAGUCAGCACGUCAACUUAAUGAACUAACUUCUGGCGACAUGACAGAGGUGGAAGCUGCAGACAUUCCGGACAAAGCGGGUAACGGGAAGAAAGGAUUGUGGGUCUUGGUCCCUUGUGAUACAGCUGGAGCUAAUUUGGAGGAAAUUAGUGGGAUUGAUGAUGAAAAUUAUGUCAUAGUAAAUGAAGACGAUAUAGUCGAUGGUAUUGCCGCCUUUGUUGCUAGGUGCAUUCUUGAAGAUCCAAAAUCCAAGUCGUUAUCGCCAAUGCAGCUCCAAAAGGCUGUUGCAAAGGCAUUAGAUAGCAUGAAAGCUCGAUGGAGAUGGUCAACCUUUUGGGAGGCUGGACAGAUUAUAUAUAUCUUGGCUACUUGGGGCAUCACAUUAGCAGGGUUGUACAAGAGCCGCCAUGUCCUGAAGGUGGCAGCAAAGGGUGCUGCUGUGUCUGCCAGAUUUGUUAUGAAGGCCAUUUGAGUGUAAGAGGCACUCAUGUGGGAUCAGCAAUUUGCAAAAUGUAAAUACAAAACUCGUCCCGUCAGUUGUGCAUAUGGUUGUGGCAUGUUUAUCAUGAUGAAGUUAUGAUCAUCCAGACAUGAAAAACUGUUUCAUUUAUUUUCGUUGUAUGGACGGUGGUGUGAUUGCAGAAAAAAAAAAGAUACAUAUGUGAUUACUUGUAGGAUC